UCCAGCCAUAUUGGGCUGUGGGGGGAAAGCGGCUCUAAUGUUCUAUGUCACCUGCAAAUAACCCGGGCGUUCGAAAAAGCACCUCCACCACCUCCACCACCCACACCAACACCACGUCCUCUCCACACACUAAAGUCCGUCAAAAUGAGCCCGGAAGGCUGGCUCCCGCAGCCCACCCUGCUCCUCACUGGCCUCACCUUGCUCCUCUCGCUGGCGCCCCCGAGGCUGGGCAUGGAGGUCAUGGCCCCUGCCAUCAUCAAUGCCCUGAAUGGCUCCUCUGUGAAGCUCUCCUGCACCUUCAACUCCUGCUACAAAGUGGAGAACAAGCAGUUUUCCCUCAACUGGACGUACCAGGAGUGCAGUAACUGCUCGGAGGAGCUGUUCCUGCAGUUCCGCACCAAGAUCAUGAACAAGCAGCUGGAUCGCUUCGGGAACCGCGUGGAGUUCACCGGCAACCCCGCCAAGUACGACGUGUCCUUCACCCUCAAAAACGUGCAGCUGGAGGACGAGGGCACCUACAACUGCUACGUGCUGAACCCCCCGGACCGGCACCGGGGCCACGGCAAGAUCAGCCUGAAGGUGCUCACCAAAGAGCCCCCCAAGCACGACUCGACCGUGGCUGUGAUCGUGGGCGCCUCCGUGGGCGGCUUCCUGGCCGUGGUGAUCCUGGUGCUGAUGGUGGUGAAAUGCGUGCGCCGGAAAAAGCAGCAGAGGCUCAACACGGAUGACCAGAAGACAGAGGAGGAAGGGAAGACAGAUGGUGAAGGCAACCCGGACGAGGGCACCAAGUAAAGGCCCCCUGCCCGCCCCUCCCUCCUGCCCCCUGUACAGUGUGACCCUCUUGAUGUGCUUCCCAGAGCAAGGAUUUCUGUCUCCCCAGAGCAUCCCUCCUUCCAUGCCAACACCCACCCCAGCCUGGAGCAGGGCGCAGAGAGGAGGUCCCUGGAGCCUGGCUGGGCUGGGCAGGGCUGGGGAGAG